CGGAUGCCAACUGAGAGAGGCGAGAGUAGAAAUAUAAACACACAAUCCAUAGAUUGUGCCGUGAAAUCGUUGAUUCCAAACGCGACCGUCGUCCACGUCGUAUUAAUUAAGUGCUCGUUCGAAUCGAAAGUAUCUUCGGGAAAACAUCGCAAAAAUGUCUUUGAUACCAUCAACGAUUUUCGCCUUAUCUCUUAUCAACUUUGCCUUAUCAGCCGAUCCCGACCUGGAACUGCAAUUACUUCAUGUGAUAUUUCGCCAUGGUGACAAAGUGCCCCAUCGAGAGUUCCAAAAUUACCCCAAUGAUCCGCAUCGGAAUCACUCUUACUAUCCGAUAGGAAACGGCGAUUUAACGAAUGAAGGCAAGCUGCGGGAAUACAAAAUCGGGACUAUGUUGCGCGGAAGAUACGAUCAAUAUUUCGGCCCGAAUUAUUGGCCGGCCAAGAUCUAUGCCCGAUCUACGGAUGUCCCGCGAACCCAGCUGUCUCUUCAGUUGGUUCUAGCAGGAUUAUUCCCGCCCUCCGAGAGGCAAAUCUGGAAUCCGCGCUUGCCCUGGAUUCCGACGUGGACGUUCUUCGUGCCGUACAAGACUGACAACCUCUUGUUUCCGCAUUACUGCCAUCGAUACAGAGAAGAAUAUCAACGAUUCCUUCAACUGGACAGUACAAAAAAGAUAAUUAAUAAGUAUAAGAACAUAAUGGAUUAUUUGACCGAUCAUUCUGGUAAAUUAAUUAACAGUACGGAUGCAGUUAGUCACUUAUAUAAUUUACUCAAAGAAGAGGCUGCGCAAAAUUUGACACUGCCAAGAUGGACUCAGAAUGUUUUCCCUAGUCCGAUGGAAGAAAUACUAAAACUGGAUUUCAAACUUAAAUCAUACACAAAAACUUUGAAGAGAUUAAAUGGAGGCACGUUGCUUCGCAAAAUAGUAGACGAUAUUCAAGAGCAAAAAGCGGGAAAAUCGGCACAUGACAGAAAAGCUUUUCUAUUUGGCAGUCACGAAGCCAAUAUAGCCGCCCUUGCUAACGCUUUGGGAACGAACGAACCAAAAAUCCCUGCUUAUGGUUCUACGAUUAUUUUAGAGACUCUUCAGGACAAGAAAGGAAUUUACUAUAUUCGGGUUUUAUUAUGGACUGGCGUCACAGAGCAACUGAUUAUACAGACGAUUCCAGGUUGCACGGAAUUGUGUCCUUACGUAAAAUUCCUCGAUAUUGUAAAGGAUGUUUUACCAAAUGACGACGAGUACUAUUGUCGACGGGAUAAAACGACGGAGGAUUUGAUACCACAUUAUCAAUCCUUGGCGACACGUAUAGCCGACGACCAAUUUUGGCGAUGCAUCUUCUUCGUCGUUCUAUUUGUAUUCGCGUCGAAAUUCGUAGAAAAGUGAUCUCUAUCGACGCGGAUUCUAAAGAUAUUGAUUUUCCUUUUUUCGAGGAUUUUAAUCAAGGAAAUAGUUGUGCAAACGAUCGACUUGCGUACUAACCGAUACCUGGUAUCGGAAAUACUUGAUCGAACUAUGAGAGUACUCGGAAGGUCCAGCGAGGUUGCGGUUAUACAUUUCGCAGCGUAUGUUGCGGUUAGCGCGUUGAUGCAUUUUACCGCACUUGCUGUUACACUACGCGAACUACUGUGUACAUAUGUAAAUAGCUGUCGGUAUAUUGAUUGUAGUUGAUACCGUAAUCAUUUCAAAGCAAACAUCUCACUCAUGGACGCGUAUUAUCUAGAAUGUGGAAUUUUGAAAACCGACGUCGUACUUAAUCAAUCAUUCAUAUUCGUCAGUAAAUGUGUCGGCAAAAGUCGCCUACGAUACUCUGUAACAUUAUCCACUGCCAUACAAGCCUCAAAAAAUCGCAUUACUAUCAUGUCAAUAUUUUGAAUAAUAUUGUAUUUAUGAUCUUGUAUAAUUCCAUGAAAAUCAAAUAUUAAUAAACCGAUGAAUUGAUUAAACAACUAUGA